AUGGAAAGAUUCGCUUCUCAGAAUAGACAAGAUGUUCGCAAAGAAAUUUUCAAGCAAGAUCCAACGCUUAUUGGUCCGCAUACAGUAUGUUCGACGGUCUUUCUGAUACUGCCGCAGUACAACCUCGGAAUGGCCAUUUUCCGCGGCAGUUUCGUGUUCCAACUCAUCCAGCUCGGCGAGAAUUUCCUCAGUAAGAGAACUGAACCGCCCCGAUCUCGCGUCAUCAUUGCCGAUUCCGUCACUACUUCACUGGUCGUUAAUGGGCAUACACUGCGCUUGAAGUGGGAACAGAUCUACACACGUCGUCUUCUCGAAAGCGCGAAGUGCAAUGUUGACGAAGAUGUGAUUGCUGAGCAGAGAAAAGUGGACGAACUCGAAGAGUCUGGCGACAAUCCCCUUGUCGUCAAAGACUUGGCAAAGGCGUAUACCAAAAAAGCUCUUGCCGUGCAGAACGUCUCAUUUGCUGUGGAUCAAGGCGAAUGUUUUGGCUUGCUAGGCCUGAAUGGCGCGGGAAAGACAACCACGUUCGCCAUUUUGACGCAGAAAAUUCGUCCAGGAUGUGGUUCAGUGCAGAUUCACGGAAGAAGUAUGGUGAUUGGUGAUCGGUCGUCGUUUGAUCAAGUGGGCUACUGUCCACAGUUUGAUGCGUUGAAUAUGAAAUUGACUACCACUGAGAAUAUCGAGCUGUUUGCCAGAAUACGUGGUGUUCCCGAGAGACACAUAGAAUCAUUGGUCUCACAGCUUCUCGUUUCGCUACAUCUCAAGGCAUACUCGUCGACCGUCACCUCAGCGCUGUCAGGUGGUAACAGAAGAAAGUUGUCCGUGGCGAUAGCGUUGAUCAGCCAUCCAUCGCUUAUUCUGCUUGAUGAGCCGUCAGCGGGGAUGGAUCCUGGCUCACAACAGUUUCUGUGGAGAGUAAUCGACAGGUUCGGUGAAGGCCAUUCGUUGACGGUAAAGAUGAGCAGCACAAAAGAUGCUCUACUCGCGGCCAAAUUUGUCCAGAACCAUCUCAAAGGAGCUAAAAUUGAAUCCAUUCACUGCUCAACCGUGUUCUUCCACAUCGAUCGAGAUGAUUCAAGUAUUUCCGAUAUUUAUCGGGUUGUCAAUCAGGUAUUUUAA